GCUGGAAAUUCCAGCCUACCUAGGCUUGUAAGCUCAGAGCUGGUUUAGUUUUCUGGAAUAUUCCCCACUUUGGGAAGGUUGCCUCAGACCCCUUCACACAGGUCAGUGUCACUGGGGAUCCCCUGCAUCUGGGACCCCACUGUGUCUUGCAACUGCAUGCAUUGCCUGCUUCCCCGACUCUUUGGAAGGCAGGCACGGGCCCCACUCUGAGGCUGGCCCAGUGGCUGCCCUGCGGCCUUGCUCCCCCUUUGCAUGGCUCCCCCUGCUGCCCCAGUGCGGCCUCGCGCCCCUCCUUCUCAUCCUCUCCGUUUCUCCAACCAGAUGGCUGCCCCGAUUUGUGCAACGGCAACGGGAGAUGCACACUGGGUCAGAACAGUUGGCAGUGUGUCUGCCAGACCGGCUGGAGAGGGCCCGGAUGCAACGUUGCCAUGGAAACCUCCUGUGCUGAUAACAAGGAUAAUGAGGGAGAUGGCCUGGUGGAUUGCCUGGACCCUGACUGCUGCCUGCAGUCGGCCUGUCAGAAUAGCCUGCUCUGCCGAGGGUCCCGGGACCCCCUGGACAUCAUUCAGCAGGGCCAGACAGACUCGCCUGCAGUGAAAUCCUUCUACGACCGCAUCAAGCUCUUGGCAGGCAAAGACAGCACCCACAUCAUCCCUGGAGACAACCCCUUCAAUAGCAGCUAUGACCACGAGGGCCGCCUGACCAAUGUGACACGCCCUACGGGGGUGGUGACCAGUCUGCACCGGGAAAUGGAGAAAUCCAUCACCAUUGACAUUGAGAACUCCAACCGUGAUGAUGAUGUCACCGUCAUUACCAAUCUGUCUUCAGUGGAGGCCUCCUACACAGUGGUACAAGAUCAAGUGCGGAACAGCUACCAGCUCUGUAAUAACGGUACCCUGAGGGUGAUGUAUGCCAAUGGGAUGGGUGUCAGCUUCCACAGCGAGCCCCACGUCCUAGCGGGCACCAUCACCCCCACCAUUGGGCGUUGCAACAUCUCCCUGCCCAUGGAGAAUGGCCUCAACUCCAUUGAGUGGCGCCUAAGAAAGGAACAGAUUAAAGGCAAAGUCACUAUCUUUGGCAGGAAGCUCCGG